CCACGGAUGCUGACAAAGUGUAUGAGAGGAAAGGAAGCCGGACGAUCUCAGAUACAGUUGGCGUCCGAGCAGGAAUAAGUAAGAAUGCUCGCCCAAGUGCAUCGAAAACUGCCGAAAUUUCAUUUCUGCAUGCGAGAUCGCCAGGAAACUCAUCUCGUCCGGUGGAGCCAAUUAGUCAAACCUUGGCUUAUAAAUGCCCGGUAUGUGGACGGGAAUUUAAGCACCAAUCGUGCUUCAUAAGGCACCAGCAAUCUCACACCAGCCGCCAAGAUUUCAAAUGCAAUAUGUGUUCAAGCGCCUACAAGUAUUCAUCUAAACUUCGUGAACACAUGAGGAAAAAACACGCAGACAACUCUCUUCCGCUUAGGAAGUCAACUAGGGCACAAAUGUAUGCAUCGGAGCAGGCAGGACAUCCAUGUCCUAAAUGCGGAAAGCACUUCAAAAGUUGGGCAGGUCUGAAAAAACAUCGAAGAGCCAUACAUCCUGAAGGAGUGCGCCAUGUUUGUGAAAAGUGUGUUGAGACUUUCCCACUUGGCGUCCGAGCAGGAAUAAGUAAGAAUGCUCGCCCAAGUGCAUCGAAAACUGCCGAAAUUUCUACUGUGCAUGCGAGAUCGCCAGGAAACUCAUCUCGUCCGGUGGAGCCAAUUAGUCAAACCUUGGCUUAUAAAUGCCCGGUAUGUGGACGGGAAUUUAAGCACCAAUCGUGCUUCAUAAGGCACCAGCAAUCUCACACCAGCCGCCAAGAUUUCAAAUGCAAUAUGUGUUCAAGCGCCUACAAGUAUUCAUCUAAACUUCGUGAACACAUGAGGAAAAAACACGCAGACAACUCUCUUCCGCUUAGGAAGUCAACUAGGGCACAAAUGUAUGCAUCGGAACAGGCAGGACAUCCAUGUCCUAAAUGCGGAAAGCACUUCAAAAGUUGGGCAGGUCUGAAAAAGCAUCGAAGAGCUAUACAUCCUGAAGGAGUGCGCCAUGUUUGUGAAAAGUGUGUUGAGACUUUCCCACGUGAGCUUGACUUACAGAGGCAUAUCAGCCAAGUACACGAACAUCAGGCAAGGCAUACUUGCCCUCAUUGCGGAAAAUCACUCACAC